UGCAUCCACCAGUCGUGAAUGAGCACAUACAUCCAUCCACUUUAGAAAGAACCCUAGAACAACAUGGGAAGCAGCAGCAGCGAUGUAGAAGCAGGAUUCGCAAAGCUCCAAGGCGAAGACUUCGAAUACUACAUGCAAACCUACUCCAUCAUCCUCGGCCGCAACUCCAAGAAAUCCACCGUCGACGUCGACCUCUCCUCCUUAGGCGGCGGCAUGAACAUCUCCCGCCACCACGCCCGCAUCUUCUACGACUUCCAACGACGCCGUUUCGCCCUUGAAGUCCUCGGCAAAAACGGCUGUUCCGUUGAAGGCGUCCUCCAUCUCCCCGGCACCCCUCCUGUCAAACUCGACUCUCAAGAUCUCCUUCAGAUCGGCGAUAAGGAGUUUUACUUUUUACUUCCUGUUAGAAGCAUUUUAUCUGCCCCAAUUGCCCCUCCACGUCAGCAUUUUUCCUCAAACCCUAGUAGUGUUAAUGUUAUGGUUAAUUAUCAGUCUCCGAUUAGGGUCAAGAAGAGUGGAAGGGGUAGGCUUGGUGGUGAUUUUGAAGAUGAGUAUGAGGAUGAUGAUGAUGAUGCUGUUGGUGGUGGGAAGAAGGUGAGGAUGGGUGGUGGAGAUGUGUAUGCUGCCGCCUCUGGUUCGGGUGGGAAAUCGCUUUCCGAUAAGAAGUCUGAGGGAAGGUCAAGAGUUGACCGAGAGUCUGACAAUCUUCAGCUGUUGCAGUUAGAAGAGAAAGAUGUAGUAUCAUCUGUAGCUACCGUGUUAUCAGAUCUUUGUGGGCCCAGUGAAUGGAUGCCGAUGGAGAAACUUCAUGCUGAGUUGGUGGAACAAUAUGGCAGCGUGUGGCAUCAUGGUCGCGUUAGGAGAUAUCUAACUUCUGAGGAUCAUUCGGUUCCUGAAGCCAAGGGCAAACCAUGGUUCGGGCUGCUUAUGUUAUUGAGGAAAUAUCCUGAACAUUUUGUUAUAAACACUAGGUCUAAAGGCAGGGUCACAUUGGAGUUUGUAUCACUCGUCUCGCUUAUUUCAUGAGAUCUCAGAUCUGUAAGGUGAUAAAGUGUUUUCCUUCUAACAAGAUUGCAAUGGAUCAAAAGUCUUUUCAUUGUGAGUAAAUUAUUAGGUCCCCAAUCGUAGUCAACUUAAAAUGUAUUGUGGUCGUGUAUGUCGAAUUGACCUUUUUUUGUAAUAAAUCGAUAACAAAACAUGUCUUUUUUUUAGAAUGUUAAGCAAUUGAUUGAGUUUA